GUGCCUUCCGAGCGCAUAUUUUCAUCCAGCAAAGAGACAUGCAUCCUACGGCGUGUCAACUUAUCUCCAACCACAUUUGAAGCACUACAAGUCCCGAAGUUUAUGUACAAGCAAGACCGCCUCAAUUUUAGAGGAUCUGGUGGCUUAUGA